AUGGACUCCCCCUCCCCCAGCCGUCGCAAUGGCUCGCCCAUGCGCCGCUCUCGUCGCGCUUCCGCCAGCUCCGCCGACCGGCCCGUCGCCACCAGCUCGCCGUCGCGCGCCGCCCAGCAGCAGAACAGUCGGCUGUAUCCCGUAACGUCGCGCCCGAACCUGCAGCCCCGCGAGUCCGCCAUCCGCCUGCGACGUCUGCCAUCGGGCCAGGUGGGCCGGCUGGAGACGAUCCCGAGCCUGCGCCAGCAGCAGCAGCAGCAGCAAGAGGAGCAACAUGAGCAGCUGGAGCAGGACUUCCGGCGCCAGGCGCUGGAGAACGAAUGGCAGGCUAACCGGCGACGCUCGAGUUCUGAGCCGCAGCGGCCCACAUUUGACGUUGGAGAGCUCACUCGCGCCCGCACCGGGAUCAACAACAUGCCCUCGGUGCCCGAGCUGCCGCGGGAUACCGACGCCACGACGUACGAGCCCGUCCAGCCAGCACGGCCGGGGCUUGCUAGUGGAUCGGGUCGCUUCCGGCGAGCCAGUGUCGCCGCCCUCAACGGGCUCGGCCUGCAUCGGAACGCAGACGGCGCCCAGCAGCCGCCCCACCAGGCCCUGCCCGAGAAUCUGUACGAUUCCCGCAUCGUUGAUCUGCUCGAUGUUAUCGAUCCCGAGGUUUCGGCGUUGUCGUCCUUGACCAACAUCCAAAACUCCCUCUUCGUCCCGCAGCUGGGCCGCUUCGUGAACAGGCGCCCUACCUAUGACCUGUCUCGCCUUCCGGCCUACCCUGCCGCCGGGGGGAGGGAGGCGGGGUCGAAAGAGAAGCAAGGCGAGCUCGAGGUUGCUGCAGCAGCUGCUGCUGCAGGCCAACCCUCCGGCAGACCGCUGCAGCACAUGCCAACCAUGCCUGAACUGCGACCGAUGCGCAGUGCAGAGCGACCGAGGACCAGUGCGGACCGACCUGGAACUCCGAGUGAGCGUGCCUUCAGUAUUACCUCGGCCCUGAGUGAGUCACGCUAUGCGGUGCUACCGCACGGAAUCACGCUUGAGGGCUGGACCGAAGAGGACAAGGCUGAGCUGAACGAUUAUGUGCGGCACAUGCUUCACUCGCGUCGCUCCAGGUUCAAGCGCAGCUUGAAAGGCUUCGGCAAGUAUGUCAGCAAGCCAUUGGGGUUCCUGGUGACUUUAUAUGCCACGCUCAUCACUCUCUUCGGCUUGGCCUGGGUGCUUUUCUUGAUUGGAUGGAUCUAUGUCGGGGACCGCCAGCAUUACAUCAUCAACGUGAUCGAUAACGUGUUGGUUGCCCUUUUCGCCAUUGUGGGCGAUGGUCUCGCUCCGUUCCGUGCCGUGGACACCUAUCACAUGAUCUUCAUAGCCCACUAUCACCGCAAGACCUGGAAGCUGCGGAAGGAGAAGGCCUUGCCGAAACUUCAGGACAAGAACGACCUGCCCAACGAGCCGGUGCCGCCGGAUACCGAUGUCGAGGCUUCGAGACACGAACAAGAAGAGCUGAGCGUGCUCAACCCCAAGCAACAGGCUACUCUAGUGCACCACCAGGAAAAGUUCGCCAAGUCUCAUACUUUCUACAAACCUCACGAGACCGACACGCACUUUGCAUUCCCCCUCCGGCUCCUCAUCGUCAUCGUCACUCUUUUGGACUGCCAUUCUUGUCUUCAAAUUGCCCUGGGAGCUUGUACCUGGGGCAUUGACUACCAUACUCGACCUGGAGCGCUCACCGCGGUUAUUCUGUGCUGUUCGAUUACCGUUAACAUCACAGCGGGUAUCCUCAUUUCCGUCGGUGACCGAAGGACGCGCAAGAAGGACGUCAUCGAGAGGAUGUCCCGGCAAGAGCUCACGGAGGAGGCCAUCCACAAGAUGCAAAGACGGCAAGAGAAGCACGACGAGCGGUUGCGGCGACUCGAAGAAACGGGCGAGGAGACGGAUUUGGAGGACAACAAGGAGAAAAAAGGCCGGAUCAGUUUGGACAUUUUCAGACGCAGCGAGGAUCGCCCGCGCAGGAGCUUCGACCUGCUCCGGAAGACGACUGGAGACGAGUCACGCCGGAGUCUGGAUGUGCCGAGGAAGUCGGAGGAUAGGCCUCGCAAGAGCCUCAACAUCACCAGGAAGACCGAUGAGCUCCCGCCUCGUAUCAGCGAGGCGGAUUCGAGACCGGACUUGAGCGAUGUCCCCGUGACCACUGCCGCCGAGGACCAUCGGUGA